AUUCAACCGUCACAUUAAAUCUGAGGAGUGAACUGGGGAAACUUUAGUUCACGGUGGCCGCUGCGGGUCUGUCGCUCCGUGUCUCGGUAACUGUCUGUGUCUCCAGGUCAGGAAACAGUGUUGUGGAGGGUUUCUUCUGUUUCUCCACGGUUUGCCCCGUCACCCCAGGAGACAGACAGCGGGGGAGAGGCACCCUCGACGUGGACGUGGUCAGUUGGCGUGUCCCGACUUGGAGUGACGGCUGUGCGGUCCUAUGAUUCCUGGGGAACAUUUCUGCCCCUUCUCUGACUGAUUGCUCCGCUAACCGUGCUCCUGUCGUUGACCCAUUUUACUACUUCGUCGGAGCCUUGAGGGAAGCCGGGGCUCAAGAUGUCGGUAGCGGGCCUGAAGAAGCAGUUUUAUAAAGCCAGCCAGAUGGUAAGUGAGAAAGUCGGAGGAGCAGAAGGAACUAAACUAGAUGAUGACUUCAGAGACUUGGAACGGAAAGUAGAUGUGACCAGUAAAGCAGUAGUGGAGGUCAUCUCCAAAACAUCAGAGUACCUUCAGCCCAACCCAGCGUCUCGGGCCAAACUGUCCAUGUUAAACACCAUGUCAAAGAUUCGUGGUCAAGUGAAGAACCCAGGUUAUCCUCAGGCUGAGGGGUUAUUAGGAGAGUGUAUGGGCAAAUAUGGACGGGAACUGGGAGAAGAAACGAACUUUGGCGGAGCACUAGUAGAUGUAGGAGAGGCCAUGAAGAGAUUGGCAGAAGUCAAAGACUCUCUAGACAUCGAUGUUAAGCAGAACUUCAUUGAUCCGUUGCAAGGGCUCUGUGACAAAGACCUAAGAGAGAUACAGCACCACCUCAAGAAGCUUGAGGGUCGUCGCCUGGACUAUGACUACAAGAAAAAGCGUCAGGGCAAGAUCCCAGAUGAGGAGGUUCGACAGGCCCUAGAGAAGUUUCACGAGUCAAAGGAAGUGGCUGAGACCAGCAUGUACAACUUGUUGGAGACUGAUAUCGAGCAGGUGAGCCAGCUCUCGUCUCUGGUGGAGUCUCAGCUGCAGUACCACAAACAGGCUGUGCAGGUGCUGGAUGAGCUUUCUGACAAACUCCGCGACAGGAUGAAUGAUGCUCAGUCUCGACCGAGACGUGAAUACACACCCAAACCCAAACCUAUCUAUGACUUUGGAGAUGACAACCACUCAAACGGCGGAUACUCAACAUCAAUGGCACCUCCACCCUCAUGUAACUCAGCACCGGAGCAGCCGAGCUGUAAGGCGCUGUACGACUUUGAGCCGGAGAACGAGGGCGAGCUGGGCUUCCGCGAGGGCGACAUCAUCACCCUGACCAAUCAGAUCGACGAAAACUGGUACGAGGGCAUGCUGAACAGCCAGUCGGGGUUCUUCCCCCUCAACUAUGUCGAGGUCCUCGUCCCGUUGCCACACUAAUACAAGAGCGAGAGAGCUGAGAGGAGACUGGUGGAGAUGGAGAGAGCAAGUAGAAAUUACAGAGAGGGAGGAAAGUGAAGCCGAGGAAUGAUCCGCAGAAGAUUCAUUUUCACCUUCAGCACCAGUGUCGGCCUCACAGAUGAGCACUUUUUGUCAUCUUGUUCUGGGGGAAGUUGGUUACAUUUCAGAGUCCAGAGCAGAAUUUCAACCUGUUUCACCCAAAGGUAAAAGGAUCUAGAGAUGAACACAACAUGUCAUCACAUUUUAUCCGAUAGUAGGAAAUAUUUCUUUAAUAAUAAACUGAUGAAAUAUUUCUAAGCAAUAUUUUUUCAUUAACCACAAAUUACUGAUAUAGUUAAAAUCUGAUGACUGGAAAGAUGCAUUUAUAUUAUUUUCUUUGUGCAACUAGAGUCUGUUUGAAACUCAGGUUGGUCACCAGUGUAACAGUCAGUUUUCAGCCUGGAGAGGCCAACUCAAACCUCACAGUUAAUUCAUAUGUUUAAUGUAAACUGACUGAAAAUCAUUCUCAUUUCAAAAUUGAGAACCGAAAAAAUGAUUAUGCUGUCUUUCUGAUUUGGCCAACAGCUCGUGCUGCCUCCUGUUGGCGUGAUUGAGAAUUACUUUCACCUAAACUAAAAUGAAACUAGACAUGACAUUUCGAAGUGUAUCUCAGAUUUGUGAGUUAGACAGUUUCCAGGUUUUGUUAAUGCUCUUUUUCUCACCUGUGCAUUGAUGAUGAUGAUGAUGAUGAUGAUGAUGAUGCUACAGAAGCAUCACAGGACAACAGGUUUUUUCUUAUCAUUUCAGUAUUUGAUUAGUAUUAGUCUCACCUUACCACAGUAGUUUUUAAGAGUAGAACGACUUACCGAAUAUGUGAGAUAAUGUACUUGCACCUUGGUCCUCAGAUGAGAUUGAUGUGUGUGUGUGUGUGACAGACUUACAUUAUACAAUGACCCAAAGUUUAAAUGCAGACCUUGCACCUUUUUGUCACUUAAGGCAAGCGUGUGUAGAAUGAUCAUUCGUUUGUCUGCUAGUCUGUUUGAUAGAAAGGACGGAGCCAAAAAGUCUUUAUAAAAUGUAAUAGUAACAUAUCACCAAGUGCGCUCGGAUAUUCUGAAACAGCCAUAUAUUCAUGUAGUGUUGGGUCUGUUCGUGUCAUCAUGUUAUGCCCUUUAUUGUCUUUUGAGCCCUGUCGUAGGCACCUGUUUUUCUUGCAGUGCCUGACUAGACGACGCUGCUGGCAGCGACUCUCUCUCUCUCUCUCAUAUUCUUCAACGAUUGUCCCACUUUUUGUAUCUGCCCUCAUAUGUUUGAGAAUGUGAAACUCGUUUCUGCUUUGAAGCCGUGUCCGACCCCUGUUAAUCUGACGCUGACGGAGGCUUUGAUUUGAUUUAUUUGUUAGUGUCAUGGGCUGAUUUAGACUGGUGUUUUAAUCUAUUUAGACAAGGCUGGUUUCUUGUUUUGGAUUGAGCUACAGUCGGCACAACCUGCAUGUGGAGUCUAGUACACUGUACAGUAUGAGGGAAACACCUGGAGUGAAAGGGAAAACAUCAAGGGAAAAAUGAUAAUUGGAAUAAUUUGGAGAACCCUUGUUACCAAUUAAUCUUUACCAAACUUGUGUAAUCAGUCCGAUUGUCUUCGGGGGGGGAGUUUUAAUGAAUGAAAAAUACUGUUUCAAUGUUUCUGCUACAUUCCCCCUGUUGUUUGUGUUUGUCCUUCACUCCACGCUGCCAGACGUUAGUUUGGUCCUCGUCUACAUAUGUUUACAUCGCUGAUCUUACAACAUUUCAUUGCUUGUAUCAAGUUCAGGGCAAAGUUAAAAGGCUGUAGGAGGUGCUGCCUGGGUCACACUGUAAUAAAACAUAAAAAAAAGUCCUUGUUAGCUUUGUGAGUGCCUUCGGAAAAGAAAGGAGGGAAGAAACGGCAACUAAUACAGCAACCAAAACCUAACCUAGCUACUUAAAAAAACAAUGGUUGAGUUUCUUUUUUUCUACUUUUGGUUUUAUUUGUAGCCAUUGGCACUUUUCCUGUGUAAAGUUGAAAUUCAU